AUGGCUCUCGCACAAUCUACCAAUCCCGAGUUCCCUUGCUCACUCACAAUAUCACUCCCCCUCCCGACAAAUCGCCUUGCAUCAUGCGCUCUACGCGCCUUGGAAGUUGACGCCGAACUAUCUCCCUUUGUGCGACGGAGUUUCGCCCUCGAGGCUCCGGCGGUCGAAGCAUCGUGCGAGCCGCAAGAAAAGAAACAAAAGCAGGACCCUGAAGAAUCUAAAACUGUGUUGAAGAUAACAUACAUCGCGACAACGAAUCGGAUGCUCCGCGUUUCUGUCAAUGGAUUUAUGGAGAGUCUAGGUGUCGUGCUUGGGGUUAUGGCAGAAUUGGAUAUUGAUGUGCUGAAGGCUGAGAUGGAGGGUUGA